AAGCUAUUUAGACAGAACAGAGUCACAGCCUCAGGAACACAAGCUACUAACACGGAACAGAGAGAUCCAAUGUUACAAGUCAACUGCGUUUCACUCUCUGACAGAACCUUCAAAAACACACACAAAAAGCACGCACCAAAAACACAACUCAGAGAGACGCUCUCUUACCUAGUUACCAUUUUGCCCUUCCGCUUUUGCCUCCUUUCGUCCUUCUUUGACUCGAGUACUGAAAUCCCAAACACAAACAAAAACACACUCUCUCUUUCUCUCUCCACCACAAUGGACUCCGCCCAAGAAAACUCACUCACGGAGCUCCAGCAAAGCAGUUCCGGCAACGCCGCGGAAUUGCAAUCGGAGGAUCCGAAUCGAUCUUUUCCACAGCCUGAUGCCGGAGCCACAUCUUCCGCCAACGCCGGCGGUGCAAGGUACAAGCUGAUGUCUCCGGCAAAGCUCCCGAUCUCGAGGUCCCCGUGCGUCACGAUUCCUCCGGGACUCAGUCCGACGUCAUUUCUCGAAUCUCCGGUGCUGCUUUCCAACAUGAAGGUUGAACCUUCACCAACUACAGGUUCCCUUUCUAAGCUUCAUCAAACAGGGCAUGGUUCUGUGACAUCUGCUGCUGUAUCUACUACAUUUCCUGUAACCACUGUAUGCUUUAAUACCAGUACUGUUGAUGACAGAACAUCGAGCUUCUUUGAGUUCAAAGCACACAAUAGAUCAAAUAUGGUUAAUGCGGACUUCAACAACCAUGUAAAUGAAAAAUCUACUCAAAUAGAUGUUCAAGGAAAAGCCCCAUGUUUCCCCUCGUCACCAUCAGUUAAAAGUGAGAUAGCAGUAACUUCAAAUGAAUUAAGUCUAUCAUCACCUGUUCAAAUGGUUAGUUCAGGAGCUAGUUCUCAUGUUGAAGUUGAUAUGGAUGAAUUUAACCACGGGGCCAGCACAGCCAGUGGGCUUCAAGCAUCACAAGUUGAGAGUAAGAGCAAUGGACUUUCGGUUGCAUCUGACAGAGUAUCUGAUGACGGAUAUAACUGGAGAAAAUAUGGGCAAAAACUUGUUAAAGGAAGUGAAUUUCCACGAAGUUAUUACAAAUGUACACAUCCCAACUGUGAAGUGAAGAAACUAUUUGAACGUUCUCAUGAUGGGCAAAUCACUGAGAUAAUUUACAAGGGAACACAUGAUCAUCCUAAACCUCAACCAAACCGCCGAUACUCUGCUGGAAGUAUUAUGUCAAUGCAAGAUGAGAGAUCUGAUAAGGUUUCUUUUGCUGGUCGAGAUGACAAGGUAUCCAAUAUAUAUGGCCAGAUCUCUCAUGUUGCUGAGCCCGGCAGUACUCCAGAGCUGUCACCUGGAGCAGCAAGUGGUGAUAGUCCAGAGGGUGCAGGACUUGCAUCAAAUAAGAUUAAUGAUGAGCUUGAUGAUGAUGAUCCUUUCUCCAAACGAAGAAAAAUGGAUCUUGGAUGUGCUGAUAUCACUCCUGUAGUUAAGCCUAUCCGGGAGCCAAGGGUUGUUGUACAAACUCUGAGUGAGGUUGAUAUAUUGGAUGAUGGAUACCGUUGGCGUAAGUAUGGGCAGAAGGUUGUGAGAGGCAAUCCAAAUCCUAGGAGUUACUACAAAUGCACGAAUGCUGGUUGCCCUGUUAGAAAGCAUGUGGAGCGAGCAUCUCAUGAUCCGAAAGCAGUAAUAACCACAUAUGAAGGUAAGCACAAUCAUGAUGUACCAACUGCAAAGAAUAGUAGCCAUGACAUGGCAGGACAAGCUGCAUCCAUUGGACAGACAAGAAUUAGGCCAGAAGAAAGCGAUACGAUUAGCCUUGAUCUUGGGAUGGGCCUUAACCAAGCUGCGGAAAAUGGCCCAAAUGGGCAAGGGAGAGUGCCACUUUCUGAAUUUGGAGGCAGCCAAACUCACACAAGCAAUUCCAGUUUCAAGUUUGUCCAUGCUACCUCAGCUCCAGUAUACUUCGGUGUUCUAAAUAACGGUUCAAUUCCAUCAUAUGGUUCUAGAGAAAAUCUGAGUGAUAGUACAUCUUUGAACCACUCUACUUAUCCCUGCCCGCAGAACAUGGGAAGAAUACUAACCGGUCCGUAGUAUUGUUAAAUUACUAAAAAAGAACAAAAUAAUUUGAGGAUCAUUUUGCUUUCUUCUUUUUGGCGGGUAAAGCUUAAAGGUAAAGCAUCUCAUUCUCUGUCUGAAAAUGCCAGAUAGUUCUUUAGUGUUUAUAUCACUAUUUGUAGUUGUAGCUGCAUCCCUUCUGCUAUAUCUAAUUGUUGUUUGUAUAAUUAUAUACGAAUUCUUCUGUACAAAUAUGAAGCUGAUAUCAAAGUUGCUUCAACAAAAACCCUUGUAAAAGUGCUUGAAUUCAACUAUUUAUAAGAAGUAUCUUUUAGCC